AUGACGACAACUGUGAUGCUGCUCCAAACAUAUACUACAAGAACCUGGUUAUUGGCUCUAAUGCUGGGCAUCUGUUUGAUGGCAACCGCAGACCCACUCCACGCUCAGUGCAAAGUUAUUUGGCUAUUUGGGAUCCCAUGCCAGGAUGUUUUGAUUGUUUUGGUGAAUCAGAUCAAGGCUUGGAGAAGUGUUUCUGGCUGUAUCGCUGGCGGAGAGAAAUGCAUGUAUGAGCUGAUUUCCUCCACACCCUCCUGCAUCAUAGCCAAACACACCUCCAGACGGUGGAAUACUGUGCAGGAUCUGAGCUUUGACCUGGUGCCCACCGAGGGAUCUUCAGUUUUCAGAGUCACUGGCAUUUCUGUUUCGGAAACAUGGGCCAUGCUGGCGGACAAAGGCACAAACUACUGCACCCUCUAUAACCUGAUCGAAGGACGCGGACUGGUUGAUGUUGGUUAUAAGGAGUUUACAAAUGAAUGGAUUUGUCUAGAGCAUUCGACUGCCAACUGCACCAUCUACUGAUCAGAUGUGUGCUCCUUUCAUAUGCAUAAAUAACUUACUGAAAAACACCUUGCAGUAUGAUGUUUAUGAAUUUCCUUGAGCACUUCAUUCUUUAAAUGUGUAAUGUCUCAUUCAACAAAUUCACCAUAUAUGAACCAGCAUGUAUUAUUGUUUUAAUGUCAAACGAACUGUAAAACAAUGAAUUAAACGUGGUUCAUUGCAUACAGUAGUUAGGUCGUGCAUUGAUAGCACACUUCAAUUUCUUAAGUAGUGCUUCAGUUUCAAACGGGCACCUUGCCACUGUUAAAUAGUUCAUAACACUCAGCAAAUUCUUUCCAAAAAUGAAUCUCAAGCUUACUGUAAAGCGUGUAUGACUUACGCAUGUUUGACUUGCGUGACUGGAUUUUGAUUAAAUGACAUAUUGAGGACAUAUUCCUAAUACAGUGGUUCUCAAACUUUUUCGUUGUAAGGCCCCUUUGUGUAGAUACAUCGCUCUGCUGCCCCUCAAAUAAAGCCUUAUAAUCUUAAACGUAGAAUUUUAUUUAAACCAAAAACAUAUUCAGUUAUACAAUGCUGGAAUGUCAAUUCUUUUAGUUGGUGGUCUUAUUUUUGUUUAAUUGCAUAAAAUAUAUGGUACAUUUCAAUAUUACAUAAAAUGACACAAAAUCUGUGGCCCCCCUGGAUCCAGCUAGGCCCCCAGUUUGAGAACCACUGUCCUACACAUCA